AUGGCCAGUGCCCUGGUCACCGGUGGCAACCAGGGAAUCGGCUUUCACACUGCCAGGCUGCUAAUCGCAUCCCGGAAGUACAGCCGUGUCCUGAUCGCCUGCCGCAGAGAGGCAGCCGGCCGGGAUGCUGCGAAGGAGCUGGGCUGCGAGUUCGUGCAUCUGGAUGUGGGUGAUGCCACCAGCGUCUCGUCGCUGCCAGCCCGCCUGCAGACGUCGGGAGUUUCGAGACUGAACCUGCUGGUGAACAACGCGGGUGUCAUGUACGAUGGCUGGAGCCGAGAGAACUGGGAAAGGCAUUGGAGCACCAACGUUGCCGGCCAGGUGGAGCUGUUCAAUGCCUUGAAAUCCCACCUGGACACGCGCGCUUGCGUCGUGAACGUCUCCUCCGGCUGGGGCUGCAAGUCUGAGAUGCAGAACGUGGCCAUCGCAGACAAGGUGUGGGCCUGUGACUCCGUCGAGGAACUCCUUGACUUUGGAUCCAAGGUCUUCGGAGAGUGCAAGCAGUCGGGCUGGUUCGAGUUCUACAAAAUCUCCAAGUGCUUUCUGAAUCGAUGGACGGUGCUCCUGCAUGAGAAGGACCCUGACCUGAAGGCUCUGGGUGCCAGCGUCUACGCAGUUUGCCCAGGCUGGUGCCACACCAGCAUGGGUGACCGAGCUGGUGGCAUUCCGUCUCGCUCGGCCGAGGAGGGCGCGCAGAGCGUUGUGGCGGCCGCGUUGGGCAAGGUGCCUGCUGGAAGCCUCUCACGGGACGGAGAGCAGGUUGGUGGCAAGGGCAUAUGGUAG